AUUUGGUUCUUGCUCACUGCCAUGAUCAAUGGAGACAUACUACUACUCUCAGUUCAAUCAUGCAGUCGUUCAUGUCGCUUUAUUCGAUGAUGUGACAAACGCUGCUGCUAUCAGGUCUCGUAUUGUUCAGGCCGCUAGAAAUCUCAGUGUGGAUGGGAACACUGAACGUGAAGCUGUCAACUUUGCCUUCAUUGAUGCACGGCUGAUAUCAAGCUCACUUCACCUUCAGACAGCAAUUUACCAGGCGCUUUUGUCAGAGGCGCAGGGCCAACUUCGGACUAAAACUGUCCACUCAGAGAUACUAUGGGCACUGAACCCCACCAAUAAUAUCACUGAAGCCAUCCGACGAUAUGGGGUAUCGGAUGAGUCGACCACACUCAUUGUUGUCCGCGUGGAUGUCUCAAAUACCCCUGAUCUACAGCGGCGCAUGUGCGACAUUAUCCAAGGGUGUAUGGUUCCUUUUCAAGUGCUGAGUCAAAUGACAGAUUGGUCAAUUAUCAAAAAACAUUAUAAAUUGGACUCAGAGUCAGCUUUGAAAGAGGUGCAAGGGAACCUGGAUCGAGAGCGUUCCAUCAUCGACAAUAUUGUUGUCAGUUCGGUAGCAAUGAAGAGUGUCAUGACAUGAAUUCGAUUAUAUGGUGACAUCCAGCAAGUCAUCCAUAUCACCCAUA